AUGGAGGAGGAGGCUGCGAGGAAGAGGAAGAUGCCUUGGGCCCCCCAGGCAGGCCCCGAGCUGAGGACGGAGAGCCCGGAGGACAAAUCCCCCCGUGAGACCCUGGUGGGAGAGGCCGUUUUGAAGGGCUCCCCGGCGCAGGAAGGCAGCGGGGAGGAAAAGGGCCGGAGAUCCCCCCGCAGGAGGGGCUCCAAAGCCAUCCCAGGGUGCUCUGAGGAGGAAAGAGCCAGCCUGUGCUGGGAAGGCGGCCGGAGCUUGAGGGGGAACUCUGAGCAGCCUCCCAGCAGGGAGAAGCCCUUCAGGUGCUUGGAAUGUGGGAAGAGCUUCAGGCAGAGCUCCAGCCUGAUCCGACACCAGCACAUCCACACUGGGGAACGGCCCUACCUGUGUAGGGAAUGUGGGAAGAGCUUCAACCAAAGCUCCAGCCUCCGCAAACACCAGCGCAUCCACACUGGUGAACAGCCCUACAUGUGUGGGGAAUGUGGGAAGGGUUUCAGGACAAGCACCACCCUCCUCACCCACCAGCACAUCCACACUGGGGAACGUCCAUACACAUGUGGGCAAUGUGGGAAGAGCUUCAGUUACUGCUCCAGCCUGAUCCGGCACCAGCGCAUCCACACCGGGGAACAGCCCCACACGUGUGGGGAAUGUGGGAAGAGCUUCAGUCAAAGUUCCUGCCUCCUCACCCACCAACGCAUGCACACUGGGGAACAACCCCACACUGGGGAACGGCCCCACACAUGUGGGGAGUGUGGGAAGAGCUUCAGGUACAGGUCCAGCCUCCACGUGCACCGUCGCAUUCACACCGGGGAACAACCCUACAAGUGUGUGGAGUGUGGGAAAAGCUUCAGGGUCAGCUCCAGCCUCCGCUCCCACCAGCUCAUCCAUACCGGGGAACGGCCCUUCAAGUGCUUGGAAUGUGGGAAGGGGUUUCAGACCAGCUCAGAUCUCCUGAAGCACAAGCCAACACACACAGGGGAGUGGGCCUUCCACUGCAUCGACUGCGGGAAGGGCUUCAACCAGAACUCCACCCUUGUCACCCACCGACACAUCCACACCGGGGAGAGGCCCUACAAGUGUGGGGAGUGUGGGAAGAGGUUUAAACGCAGCUCACAUGUCAUCCAGCACCAACGGACACACACGGAUGAGAGGCCCUUUCGCUGCAGUGACUGCGGGAAGGGCUUCAACCAGAACUCCGCCCUCAAAACCCACCAGCGCAUCCACACCGGGGAGAGGCCCGACAAGUGUGGGGAGUGUGGGAAGAGCUUCACCGACAGCUCUGGCUUGACCAAACACCAACGGACCCACUUGUAAGGGAAGCCCUGACUGCAGGAAGAACUUUGGCCACUGCUUCCACCCUGAAUGAAGCCCCUGAUGGUGAGGCAACCCCUGGAGUCCAGUGACUUUCAGUAGUUUAGUGGAAGUAGACUCUAAAAGCAGCAACCCUCACUCCCUCC